AUGUGCAACGUGCAAGUUCCUCUUCCUCCACUUUCAUUUCAACGAGCUUCCGUUGGUCGCUGUUCCGUUCAGCCAAUCAGCAGAACAAUGGCGUCCGCAGCCACCACUACGGAAUAUUUGAUACCCCGCAGUGCUAGUGAACACAAUCUCUGUUCAACAAUUGAACUGGAGAAACUACCACCUCUACCACCGUCCGCUUUACGUGUUGUUUCGGCAACACCACCAGCUAAACAGUCUUGUAUCGUUCGAUCUAAUCGUGACAAAGUAGUCACGUUUGAAGAUGAAAAAAGAACGUUCAAAGAUAGCAAUCGAAUAGCUAGUAAUAAUGAUCUAGAUGUGCGAAGUUUUCAUUCAAAAUCAAAGAACUUGCAGAUCUUAGUUUGAAAAAAAAAUAAUAAC